UUGCACUAGCUCUCUGUGUCUGCUUGAUUAAUAAAUUAAUUUCAUCAGCAUUUUAAUCUAUCAGGUCAGUGCGGCAGCAAUGCAUAAGUUCAUUUCCAUGAUGUUUUCACUGCUAGUCAUUAUUGGACUGCAGGUGAGCGCUGAGUCCGCAGGAACACGUCCUGAACGGAGCCCCAACAGACGUUACAUAUCGGAGCUGACUGUGUCGAAUGGAUGGAUAUGGGGCUUGUGGGGUCACAGGGAAAUGUGUCCAGGUGGAACGUAUGCCGCAGGGUUCAGUCUAAAGGUGGAAGCUUAUGUCUUUGGUACGGAUAACACUGCACUCAACGGGAUUCGCCUUCACUGCAUUGAUGAGCUUAGUAGCUUAUCAAGCUCGUAUCACGACUACGCCUCAGUUCGGUCAGAAGUAGGCAGCUGGGGUCAGUGGACAGAUAUCAAAUGGUGUCCUUCUGGAUUCUUGACUGCUUUUCUGCUGAAAGUCGAAAAAUAUCAAGGAAGUAGUGACGAUACGGCCGCAGGCAACAUCAUGUUUAAAUGCAGUGACGGGACUGUCCUGGUGGGUGAAGGCAUAUUGUGGGGUGAUUGGGGCGACUGGAGUAAAACGUGUGAAGGAAAAGGGAUUUGUGGUAUCAAGACACGGGUACAAGAGCCACAGGGAAAUGACGACGACACCGCUCUCAAUGACGUGAUCAUGUACUGCUGCGAUUAAGGUGUUAAUGGACGACAACAAGAACAGCAAGAUGGAUCAUAAUGACUGAUCAGCAUACUGUUAUGAGCUCACAUGAACCAUGUCAUACAACAGCUAGUUAUUAUCGCAAAAUAAAGCCUGAGAUGUGAUCAGGACCUCAACACAAAGCAGAGGCCGACUGUACAUCAUCUCACUCCUUACACAGCAAUGCAAAGUGUGUCUUAUCAGUUCAAGCAUAUGAAAUCCACAAAGUCCAUACUCCACAUUCACUGUAAAGCUGCCAGCCUGCUUUUCUCUAAAGGAUGUAAUUGUGUUCUAAAAUCUAUUAAAAUGUUCUAUCAGCUUGAAAUGACAUUAGUGUUUGUCUGUUG